AUGGUACCACAAAUGAAUAUGGUUAGACGAUGGAAUCACACACUCACGACAUCCCUCUUCACAAUUGUCAAAGAUAAUCUACCAAAAUUACCAAAAAAAUUAUACAAAUUGGAAGAUUUGUUAGGCGAAUUUCAUAAAAUACACUCAGACCAGUUGGUACUAUGUGAUCUAUACAAAAAUUCUCAGACUCAACUAUCACUAGACCCAGAUUACAUCAAACUAACCAAUCGACAAUCUCAAUUACACAAAGAUUUACAAUCACUACUAAUCGAUGCAUACAAAUCAUCCGAUUUGUAUGCCGAUCACGACGUAACUUUGCAUUCAAACAUGCUAUACUUCGAGGAACCGGAUACACCAGUAACCUUGCAGAUAAUUCCAGGUUCUGGCGGACAGGAGGCUAAAAUAUUUAGCGAUCAGCUGUUUCAAAUGUAUUGCAACAUAUCGAAAAUGAAGGGAUGGCAAUUAUGCACCACUGGAAACAACUGUGCUACAAUUUGUGGAAAGGACGUACUAAAAAUAUUAUCCUACGAAACAGGGAUUCAUCGUAUACAACGCAUCCCUGAAACUGAAAAAAGAGGCAGGAUGCAGACCUCUUCUGCAGCAGUUACUAUAUUACCCAAAGAAUCAAUAACUCCAGUUACAUUAAAAGAAUCUGAGCUAUUGAUUGAAACUAUGAGGUCGAGUGGACACGGAGGGCAGAGUGUCAACAAAUCAGAGACUGCUGUUAGAAUUACACAUUUACCAACUGGCAUUUCGGUAAUCAUGAAAGAAGCAAGUGGACAAAUUGAGAAUAAGGCCUUGGCUUUGAAGGCACUAGCUGAUAAGCUGGAAGAAAGGGAAAGAAAUUCUAUUACUAUGAAGGCUAUUAAGUUGAAGUGUAAACAAACAGGUAAUCUGGAUCGUAGCGAAAAGAUCAGAACCCUCAAUUUCGAACAUGAUCGUGUAACGGAUCAUAGAUGCAAUUUGAGUGUAAAUGAUGUUAAAGAUUUUCUCAGGGGGAAUGAAGACUUUGAUUUGUUUCAUGAGGCGCUAUCGCAGACUGACGAUGAAAGAGUGUCCAAUUAUGUUGCGACUAAUUUGGAACUAUUCUAUGAUAUGAUAAAAUAG